GUAACGGGACCAUCAGCAGCCCGAGAAGUGAGGACGGUUAUGUUUACAGACGGGCAGCUUUAUCCACGUUCAGUUCCAGUAACUGCAACUAACAGACUUAAAGCAGUUUAGAGGUCGAGACAUUUCCCCAGAUGCCAGGUCGUGUGCAAAAGAGGUUUGCUGUGGAUUUAAAUCAUAAUCUUAGCCUGUCAGUGUCUCUCUUAGUGUGUAAUAUUAGCCACAGACAGUUAGUUAAAGCUAGUGUUUACAUUGCUGGCUAAUCCGGUAGUUAGCAGCAGCAGACAUUGAGCGGCUUUUAUAGCUGUUUAGAAGUCGUGUUUUUCGCACCGUCGACGUGUUGUCAGUGAAAAUUGCUCGUAGCGGUAGUUGGUAGCUGCAUAUGUUAAUUUGUUAAGUGGUACCAUUAACUUUGGCUGCUGUUAAAAACUUGUUUGGCCUGCCUGCCGUUGGAUACUGUGGUGUUUUAUUAUACCAAGUAUGGGGAUGUGCCUGCCCUGUCUGGGUGGAGCAGCAGACGACGUUGUUGUAACGCCGGACCCUGAAACCAGAAGGCGACAGUUGGCAGAAGCUGCUGAGAAAAGACAGAAAGAGAGCACAUACAGAGGCAUUAAGAACCCAGAAGCAGUCGAAAGGAAAAAGAAGAAACAAGAGGAGAUGGAAAAACAGGCAAUGAGCACGUCACCCUCAGGAGGCGGGGGGCUUAAGUGGCAGGUUGGCUAACACAAGAAGAAGAGAAGACAACUAGUAUACAUCAACUUUAUGGAUCAGCCUGCGUGAGCAGCAAAUCCAUCAAAAUAGGAAGGAUUUUUUUGUUUUUGUUUUUUUCAAUAAUUUCUUAAAAUGCAAGCUAGUCAGGGGAGUGUAGCAUCUAGACUUUUUUGCCAAGCUUACAUGUCCCUUUAUGCCUCCUGGUUGGCCAGAGCUGUUUGCAGGACACGCCUUCUUUAACAUGCCAAGAUGUGCUAGCCAAUGAAAUAUCAGAGAGGGCAGUAAUGUGUGGCUUUUAAUACACAUAUUUAUGUAUCACUACUGAGAGACACGGCAUUCAGUCACUAAAACUCUAUGGUUCCACAGUUCUAAAGCUCAUGCACCACAGUGCUUUAUUUACAUAUAGAAUGUUCUCAUGCUUGUCUUACAAUGUGUCUGUUUAUUUUUUUUUAAAGCAGUGUUUCCAGUUGAAUGUAACUGUAAAAUACAUUUAUAUGAUCUCACAAAAUCACAUUUUGUAAUGAAUUCAUGACAUUUUAAUGCGUGUUUGACAUUCAGAUUGUUUAGGUUUAUUCUGCAGUGGUUUAGUUGAAGCAUGACAGUGCAAUAUAAAUUAUUUGUGGUAUCUGUUUUUUACAGCAUGUUCAAGUGUGAUGAUUUUUGAUUCAAGAGAGAAUUUAGCAGUCUAAAUAUAGAGGAUACUAAUGAUUUGAAUUGGUCAGUUUGAUAAUGAGUAUAAGCACUAUGUAAAUGUAAAAAUGAGUUUUAUUGCUUUUUUGUGAUGGUGUUAAAUGAAGUUCACUGAGUGGUUAUUCACAUAUACUCUAAAGGUUUUUGUCAAAUGUAGGACAGAGGGUCAGCAUUUUUUGACCCUUCAGCCAUGUCUCAGUCUCUGUUCACCUCAGUGUGGGAGAAGAAGACGGUGCUGUUCUAUCAGUACAGAACUGUGUUCUUCACAAGAAAGCUUUGAAGUGUGUUCAGCAAACUAAGGCUUGUUUUCUUUCUUCAGAAGCCCAAAAUUGUCCUGCCAUUUUCAAUGCUUAGACAGGCUCUGUAGGAGAUGAAGAUGCUGUGCCACUUUAAUGGGUCUGAAUAAAUUCCUAAUCUUAUUUUA